AUGGCUGUAAAGAAAGUGCUGCUUGCAGGCACUUUGAUCUCGGUAUCUGCAUUCAAACUCUGGCCCGCAAACUCAGUUGCUAGCCUUACUGAUCAAUUGCCUCUUGGCUUUAACCACCACAACUGUGACUUGGUUGAACCUCUGGAUCCUUCAAAUGACGGACUCUACAGCUCUGAUGAUCUGUUCUCGAGUGAGGAAGCACUCAAGACUCUGAUUACACGCCAUCAACCCCUCGUCAAAGUUGAAUCUAUCUGUUACGACGAUCUUGGAGACUUUGAUACAGAUAAGCGAUGGAGACCCUUCGAGGAGAUUCCCAAAGUGCUGAAGGACAAUUACCCAUUGGUCUACGAAAAAGCAUGGAUAGAGACAAUCAAUACAUUUGGUCUCGUAUACACUAUCGAGGGAUCGGACAAGUCACUAGCGCCUGUCCUUUUAACGGCCCAUCAAGAUGUUGUACCAGUCGAAAACGAAACGCUGAGUGAAUGGGAUCACCCACCAUUCAGCGGCUAUUACGAUAAGACUAGUGGCUAUCUCUACGGCCGUGGCGCCUCGGACGACAAGUCAGCCAUUACAGGCCUAAUGUCCGCUAUGGAAUCUCUACUCUCACAAGAAAACUACGAACCUCGUCGCACAGUCAUCUUUGCUUUUGGCUUUGAUGAAGAAUGCUCAGGUUUCCGUGGAGCAUCCUCGAUAGCCAAGCAUCUUGAAGACCGAUAUGGUAAGGAUGGAAUCGCUGUCAUCCUGGAUGAAGGCGGCGCAGGUCUUCAGAAGAUUGGCGAUGCGAUGUACGCAUUACCUGCUGUGUAUGAAAAAGGAUACCUAGACGUGUGGUUUGAUCUCAACGUUGUCGGGGGACACAGUUCGACACCAACUCCACACACCUCUAUUGGUAUGAUGUCGGAAAUUGUCACCGCUCUAGAGUCAAAUCCAUUUCAACCAAAGAUCAUCCGUAAUGGCCCAAUACACGAGGCACUCAUUUGCUUCGCAAGAUAUUCACCAAAUUUUAUGCCUCUAUUAACGUUCUACGUCAAGACCGGCCAGCUUGAUAGAGCUGCACUACUCUUGGCGCAGAUACAACGGGAGACGCAAUACUUUAUCCAGACGUCACAAGCAGUCACUUGGAUUACAGGUGGCCAAAAGAUCAACUCAUUGCCCGAAUUUACUACGUUGGGUGUGAAUCAUCGCUUUGCUCCCCAAGAUAGUAUUGGCAGCAUCCAACACCGUAUAGUGCACCUUGUUCAGGGAGUUGUGAAAAGGUACAAUCUCACUUUGCAGGCAUUCGAAGGGGACAAGGAUUAUGAGGAUUAUCUCACUUCGAUUAAACAUGUCCAUGCAAGGAGGGACGAUGGUAUCCACGGAGCUUGGGAGCCCAUCUACGACGGAAAGUUAGUUCUCGAAGCAAGAAAGAGGUCCUAUAUCACACCACAGUCGCCAACUAAGGGAGCUGUGUGGGACAUAUUUGCUGGUACCGUGCGCUACACGUUUGCUGAUGAGGCCAAGCAUGUUAUUCCCGCUCCGGGAGCCAUGACUGGCAACACCGACACCCGGCAUUAUCUGAACCUAUCCAAGAAUAUAUACAGAUGGAGUCCUGGAAGCCUAAAAUCGUUCUCCAACGUCCAUGGCGUCAACGAAAAGCUCUUAAUGAGUGAACAUAUCAAUAUGGUUAAAUUCUAUUAUGAUUUUAUCCGCAACUUUGAUCAGGCCGAUAUUUGA